AUUGAUCCUAUAGAUUUAGAGUUUCUUACAUGCUUAAGAUCUGGAUCUUCAAAUCUUUCAUCUCUGAGAGUUUGCUGAUAACAAAUACCAUUUUGAAUUCAAGAAUUUUGCAAAUGAACCCCGUUUCAGUUUCUUCAUUUUCGGUUAUAGAAGUGGCUCCUAAGACAAGAUCUUUCUGUUUUCUUCUCUGCUUUUUCUUGCUAUUGGCCUGUCUCUUCACAACAGGCCAUGGUUCUGAGAGUGAUAUCCAUUGCUUGAGAUCCAUUAAACAGUCAAUUGAUCCAUUUAAUCAGUUGUUUGACUGGGAUUUCAACAGAAAUACCAAAGGGUACUUUUGUGGAUUCACUGGUGUUGAGUGCACGAUCAUUGGUGAACAUAGAGUAUCAGGUCUUCAGCUUUCUAAUAUGUGGCUUAAAGGAUCAUUCCCUCAUGGCAUUGAAAAUUGUUCAGUACUGCAGACACUUGACCUUUCCACAAAUCAAAUUUCAGGUGAAAUUCCGAAGGGUGUUGCCAAAUUAUAUUCGCUGAUGACCCUUAAACUUGAUGGAAACCAGCUAUCUGGUGAAAUCCCUCAAGAAAUUGGGUUGCUUCCUCAAAUCAAAUCUUUCAAUGUUGCCAACAAUUUUUUGUCAGGGCAAGUGCCAGUGUUUACCAGAAGUCCUCAAGUUAGCUUGAGUUAUGCCAAUAAUAGUGGUCUUUGUGGGCAUACUCUAGAACCAUGUGAAAACAAAUCUUCUGAUAGAUCAUUUUGGUAUAGUUUUGCUAUUGCUUAUGUUUGUUCAGCAACAUCAGCCAUAGUUUCUUUUAUGUACUAUUACCAACCUUGGAGAGACUUGAAGAAAAGGAGGAGAAAUGCUAUAUCUUUUCAAAGAAAGAGACAGAAUAAUCAACCUCGUACUACAGAGGUUGCCGAGUUGCUGCCAUUGGCAUUGCAAGAGCAUGGAACCAAAGAGCUCUCAGCAUUGUUGGAGAGGUUGAUUUCUAGAAUAAGCUUUGGAGAAUUAUGUGAAGCAACAAAUUAUUUCAGCACGGACAACGUCCUAGGCUUUGGAGCGAGAGGGAUCGUGUACAAGGCCAAGCUACCAAACAACUAUUUCAUGGCAGUUAAAAGACUCUAUGAUUCUCAACUGUACAAGAGAGAGUUCUUGUUAGAAACGAUGAUCUCAGCUGGAUACAGACACCAAAACAUAGUCCCACUGCUUGGAUUCUGUCUGGAUAAAAGGGAAAGGAUUCUGGUUUAUGAAUACAUGUCAAAUGGAAAGCUCCAAGAUUGGCUACAAUCUGAUGGACCUCAACCUAUGGUAUUUGAAUGGUCUGUGAGGGUUUAUAUUGCUCUUGGACUAGCCAGAGGCUUGUCUUGGCUUCACAAGAAGUGCAAAAUAGUCCAUCUCAAUCUGAGUUCUGAGUGUGUUCUGCUCAGCAAAGAUUUCGAACCCAAAAUUUCCAACUUUGGCAAGGCAAAAUUCAUCAAUCAUACUAACGAUCGUUUGAGGACAAAGCUGCUUAUGAUAAAUGGACUUGGGCAGAAGGGUUCUGUGGAGAAGGAUGUAUACAGCUUUGGGAUUAUCCUUUUUGAGCUCAUAACAGGGAAGAGAUUGAGUGCAACCACUGAUUCUUCUGACAGUGUUGGCAGCAGCUCUUUGAUGAAAUUGAUCAGUAGUAACUUGUUCAGUGGUCCUUACGAUUUUUACAAUGUCAUUGAUAAAUCUCUUAUUGGAAAAGGAUUUGAUGAGAAAAUCUUUGGUCUCAUUGAAGUAGCACGUGACUGUAUUAAGCCUUCUCUGGCUCAGAGACCAAAGAUGGCUGAUGCGUACAAAAGAAUGAGAGCUUUGUGGGAGGGAUAUGGACCCACGUACUAUUCUGGAAGUCUAAAGCCAUCUACGAUUUAUCCUAUUGAGGUAACACGUGAAAACGAAAUUGAAUGCAUUGACUGAGUUGUAAAUUUAAUUUUUGUUUUAAUUAAGUCACAUUUACAAUGUCUAGAAUUAGGGAUAGGCAUUAUUCCCUGUCUUCUCAACUUUGUACCAUCCAUAAUAGCUUAUUCUAAUGAUCCUUGUGCAUAUAUAUGCAGCAAAAGUUAGUCUGUUGUAAUUCUUAUAAAUGCAAAUUAAUGCUGUAAUCUUCACCCUUUUCAAAUUUACAAGUGACUGAGUUCAAUCACUUGCCAUAUCAAAUAGGAGAGAUGCUUGAAAUGGGCAGAGAUAAGAUGGACAUGAGUAAUAAUAUUUGUGAUAUGAGACUGAUAUGUAGU